CUUCCUGCCGCAUCCCAGCGCUUCCUGCCGCAUCCCGGCCCUUCCUGCCGCGUGCCGGCCCCUUCCUGCGGUGUCUCUGCAUCCGGGGGACGGGACAGUGCUCAGCUGUGGGAACUGCUCUCCGCUGCUCGCCCCGCGCAGUGAUACCCGCAGGCCCGCCCCGCCUGCCUCCGCUCAGGCCCUACAUAAAAGAAUACAUGUUCACUUCAAGUAGAAAGGAGCAUGUUCCCAAAUUCUUCCAACUUGGGUCGUCCACCCUUUCCUCCAAAAUAUCAACAACAGAGUACUUUCUUCACUAAACUUCCUUUAAAUAUGCCUCCUACUCUUCUUUCUCACCAGCAAAUUGUUGUUCCUCCAUUUCAUCUUCGCAGUGCAGUUCUUUCUAGAGCUCUUUUGAGUGGGAAUGUUGAAACUACUCCAACUGUUACACUGCAACCAGUGACUUACAGAAGUGUCAGUCCAGUGUCUACGCCAGAUGCCCUGACGUCAUUUCAAGGAAGAAAGAGACAAAGUCAACAGAGUCUUCCAGAUGACGCCAAACGGCAGCGGAUUCAUUCACAUGAUUCUGAUACAGCUGUAGUUAACCAAGCAGUGCCUUUGCCAAAAGAACAUAGACGCUCCUUCCCAGCAUCAGUUUCAGUUCAGUCUCCAGGGGUGCAUGCGAGUGGCUCACCAGCCUUAAUUGGAUGGGUCCCUCCUUUGCAAGAUACUUUGUUUCCAGAUCCUACAGAAACCAGGCUCCCUGUUGCCAAGGACGAGUUAAGUAAACAGGUUUUGGAGUUAUUUCAAGCAUGUCGACAACAGGCCAUUGAUUUGGACAGAAAAGAGCUUUGCAGAACAGAACUCCAGAGAGAAAUUCAGCUAAUUUUUCCACAGAGCAGACUUUUUUUGGUUGGGUCCUCACUGAAUGGAUUUGGCACUCGUACUAGUGAUGGUGAUUUGUGCCUGGUGAUUAAAGAAGAGCCAGUGAAUCAGAAGACUGAAGCAAGACGUAUACUCAGCUUAGUCCAAAAACUCUUCUGUACUAAACUUUCAAGCUACAUUGAGCGACCUCAGCUGAUCAGAGCAAAAGUGCCAAUAGUGAAAUUCAGGGAUAAAGUCAGCAAUGUGGAUUUCGACUUGAAUGUAAACAAUGUGAUAGGGAUAAGAAAUACAUUCCUUCUGAGAAGCUAUGCAUUCAUUGAGAAUCGAGUUCGUCCAUUAGUACUUGUUAUUAAGAAGUGGGCAAGUUUCCAUGACAUAAAUGAUGCCAGUCGUGGUACUUUAAGCAGCUAUAGUCUUGUGUUGAUGGUUUUGCACUAUUUACAGACCUUACCUGAACCCAUCCUUCCAUCCCUCCAAAAAAAUUACCCAGAAUGUUUUGAUCCUACUAUGCAGUUGCAUUUUGUUCAUCAAGCACCACGUACCAUUCCUCCUUACGUCUCAAAAAAUGGAUCAAGCCUUGGAGAUUUGCUAAUAGGCUUCUUCAAAUAUUAUGCCACAGAAUUUGAUUGGAGCCAUCAAAUGAUAUCAGUUCGUGAGGCCAAGGCUAUUGCAAGACCUGAUGGUAUUGAAUGGAGAAACAAAUUUAUUUGUGUAGAAGAGCCCUUUGAUGGGACAAAUACUGCUAGAGCUGUACAUGAGAAACAGAAGUUUGAUAUGAUCAGAGGUGAACUUGCACAGGCUUGGCAGUUAUUACAAGAAAAGAAAGACCUGAACUGUAUAUUGCCUUUAAAAGCAGUCAAACAGAAAAGAUAACUGGCUUCUUUCAUUUUCCCUUUUUUUGGGAUCCUGCUGAAAUAAAGAACGGUGUCAAAAUCAAGAGGCACUCACCCCAUCGUUUUAUGACCUGUUCUUCUCUGUAAACUUUUGUUAAGGAAAUGUUUAUAAGGAUGUGGCAUAUUUUAUUAUCAGUAUUUGUUAAUACAGCUCUUCAAGAUACGCUUUCUGAAAAUGCUUGCAUUGUUGACUUCUAGAAGAAACUCACAGCAAACAAGAAGAAUACAUCUAUUUUAAGGGAAGAAGUAUGGGGAUAUACUGACUUGUUUCCUGCAUGAUUUGUGUAACCGUUAUUUCAGACAGAUUUAAUCAUGAAAGAUAGACAUUCAAAGUUAAACCAUGUGCAAAUCUGACUACAUUCUUGAGGCACUGUGCACUACCAACUUCUUGAUGAACAGAGUCUAUGCUUUACAUCUGCUGAAUUGCAGUAUGCACUUCUGCUCAACUUUGCACUUUCCAGUUUUAUUUCACCUUUACUUGGAAUAACAAGCAACUGUUUAUGAAAAUGAAGCUAGAUUAUGGUUGGUAGUACUCUGAAUAUCAAGAACUAUAAUCUAAACCAAAAUUUUCAAGCAAUAGUUGUACUAUGAAGAAGUGUAAGUAAAAAAGCUCAAUUCAAUGCACAUAAAUGCUUCACAUUCACAUAGAGUAGAAAGGAAAAUUUUUUGUGCUUCCUUUUACGUAUUUGAAGUAAUAGUGGUGCCUCUUUUGGAGAAAAAGACCAAAUCAAAAUCAAAACACCUCACAUCAGUGCUGAAAUAAGCUGGGCUUCUCAUUUGAUUUUGUGUAAAUGUUUGUGAAUUGAUCAGCUACUGUAAAUUGAAUCUAAGUAAGUAAUAUUGAAAAUUAUAGUUCUUCCAAAAAAAUUGCAAACCUUCUCUUAGACCUCCUAUAGCACAAUUUGUGUCUCUCAUAUAUUUGUUAUUGAAGACCAAUUAAUUUUUAAGGUUGUAUUUACCACUGAAGUUGAAUUCGUACUUCCAUUUUUUUAAGUUUAAUAUUUUAUAUGGUGUCCAGUGAAAUAAAGUUUAUAUAUGGAAGAUACGGGUUAUUUUUCCAAUUUAUGUUAUUUUGUACUGCAUAUUUAAAGUAUUUCCUAUAAUUAAGUAGAAUAGGAAAUGCCCCAUGAGCUAAGGCCCAUGUUGCAAUUCAUCAAGAUCUGUCAUGGCUAUUCUGCUGUACAUCUUGAAUAGGCAAAAGUUUGGUUUAUUUCUUUCUCUGACAAGAUUGUGAAAACUCUUCUAACCGUAGAAUAACAAGUAUUAUGUCUUCUUGUGCAAACUAUUAAGUUCUAGUUUAUUUAGAAGUUCAAAGUACUGUAAACUAUAUGCCUGAUGUGAGAUUACUUCCUAAACACUUUGUCAUGGUCUACUGUAUGUAGAAUUUUGUCUUUUUUCUGCAAUUGACUUUUCUUCUUAAUUUUAAUUGUCUUUCAGUUUUAAUAUGACUCCAGCAGUCCACUGAAAUGUUCUUCCUCCUUGCAUAUGUUCACCCUCACUGCCCUUUUUCUAUAGGAUGGUAGACUUGAGUGUCAGUGAAACAUUCACUUUGAUUCACUUUAUGUAAAACUGAAGCACAAGAUUUUAGGACAGGAUGAUGUCCGGAUUCAAAGAUGCUCUACAAGCUCUAUGUAGAUUCUGGGAAAAGAGAAUGUUGGCUGUAUCUUCUUAAAAAACAUGUUGGCUAUAUCUUUGUCUAGAAAAUUUAAAACUUUCCCAACCUAGAAUAAAUAAGAAGGGACAUAAAUGUUUAAAGGUGGUUUAAAUGUAUUUUAAGCGAGCUGAAUGUGAGAAACAAAACUUUAUAAAAGGCAUAAAACUUUCUUAUGAGUUUGUAUUGCAUCACCUAAUAUGUCAACAUUUCUUACACCUUAAAUUAAUGCUUCAUGUUUAAUUUAAUUCCUAGCUGUUUUUAAAAGGUUAGUUUAAACAUAGUGGUAUUUUUGAGCUACUCUAUAAAAAUGCCCUACCAAUUAAGUGGUAUUUUUAAUACAAGGUAAGGUCUGUAACUACAACAGUCUGUGUGUUUCAAAAGAAUCCUUUUGAAUUUUUUUCUGAAGUUUAUGUCCUUCUGAUAAACCAUAUCUGUAACCAGAAAAUCUAGAUGGUAGUUUUCCCCAAUUUUUUUGAACAGACCUGGUGAUAGCAUAUUUGUUAAAUAGUGGGCUGCAACUUUUGUCAGAAAACUUCAGAUGUAAUACCACAAAGUAAAUUGCUUGGGGAGAGUGGGUAGGAGCUGGACUUGAACUUUGGAUUCAGUUCUGUAUAGUCUCAAGUCUUUUGAGGUUUAAUGACCUGUGUUUUCAUCUCUGGGCAAGUAUUCAGAGUAAAAAAUUCACUAAUGGCUACCAUAAAUUUUAGUGUUAGGGUAAAAUUUUCAACUUUCCUCAGCUUAAAAAUAAAAACUUUUACCUUCUUAUCCCUUGGCAUACAUCCUGGCAGGAAUAGUUUUUUCUAAGAGCUCUUUGGUAAAAGGUAUUUUUUGCAACUGACCAAGGUGUCAGUGUGUGUGCAAGAUGCUGUCUUCUUUGGAAUUUGUUAUUGCCUUGAAAUAAAACUGGUUUAGUUCAGCGUUUCUAUUUAUUUAAUUUUUAAAAUUAUUAUUCUUGACUACUCAUUUUGGCAUUGGGUUUUCUUGUCUGUUCUCACCUCAUGUGUCAGAAACCACUAGUGUCUUCUAAAUUAACUUGUUCAAAGGUGCACAGUAGGACCAAACGUUGGCAAGAGCUUCAUAUUUGGUGACAGUGAUGCAGUACUGGCAUAGGCUGUGCACUGUGAAACUUAAAGUUUCUCUUCUAGCUCUUGCUCUCACUUGUCCUGAAAUGUGAAUAUGUAAGUGAACUCUCAGUACCUUUAGGUGAGUUGACAGUAUAAGGUGUUACUUUUUAAAAAUCCCUCACAAAGAAAUCAAUAUAAAUCAAUUUUAAGACUCACACUGCAGGAUGACAUGUUCAUUUGGGAGAAACGGGGAGUGAUGAUAAAAGGAUGUAAGAUGAUUUGUAUAAAACCUGAAGUUAGCAUUUGUGAGCACAUUAAUAUUUGUGAAUCCCAAACAUUUAUUUGGAACUAGUGCUUUACUUGAACUUGUGUUACUGGACUUGAGUCACAGUAUAUUUGAUGUUAAAUUUAAGUCCAUCACAGAAUGUCACUCUUGAUUUAUUGUACUGUACUGCUAUGGGUUGUCCUGUGUUUUGUGGUUUGUGGGGUUUUUUUUGCCUUGUUCUCUGUAAUCCUUGUGUUUUCAGAUAUAAAUAUUUCCAUUGAUUUUACUGAGUGUGAUGCUUGUCUGAAGAGCAUGAAAGAAUGUGCGAUUUUGGUCCAUUUACAGGUCAAAUUCACUUGUGAGAAGUACAGAUGAAAAUAAUUGAAAGGUUUCUGGUAAAAGAGUACUUGCCUUUCUCUUGCUGUGCUGAAGACUGAAUCAAAACUUGUGCAAUGUAUGUAUGUUUCAUCUAUAAGCAUUUCUGGAAGACUUGUAAAGCUCUCGCCUUCCACAUGAAAUUUAAGGAAGAGUACUUCAUAGUCUUUACAUUUUGCUGUGUACACUGUCUAUGCUCAUGAUGAAAUGUAGAGUUUAAUUUAGUUUAAUAUCUGUUCCAAAAUACACUUUUCAAAAAAUUACAUUGUCACCUUGUAAAUUGUGUAUGUCACUGUGUAGGUCAAGAGAGCAGAAAGACCUGUACAAACUGUUUAGGAAUGUCAGGAGAAUUUUUAUUUUGUGUGCAGAGAUAGCUUGUAGUCAGAAGUACAUGGCUGGGUGUUUCUAUAUUUACAGCACUCUUAAGGAAGUGUUUGCUGAUUGAUUUAUUACCAGAUAUUUAUUUGAAGAACAAUGAAAAAAAAAAGCUGGGGGCAUUGGAGUUAUACUGUGCAAACAGUUGUUUAUACUUGAGAUAUCUUGGAAGUUCUUUACUUAGAAUCAGGGGUUUAAUGCUUUUCCUCCUCUUCUAAAUUUUUUUUUUUAAAUAAAGUCAUUAUGUUGACUAAUACGAUGGGAAAUAUUUCUGUUUUGUGUGUGAAAAGCACUGCAUUUUUUGUAAAAUGCAGAAUAAUAAAGCAUAAAUGUGGCUUAACCUAAA